AUGACGGAGCGCAAGCGGGAGAAGCAGAUGGAGGUGUUCGUGGGCGGCCUGGAUAAGGACGCGGCGGAGGAGGACGUGAAGCGCGUCUUCGGCCGCGUCGGGCAGAUCGCGCACGUGCGCCUGCCGCGCGACGCCGCGACGGGGCGCAAUAAGGCCUACUGCUUCGUGCAGUACGCCACUGAAGGCGCUGCGCGCCGAGCUGCCUCUGAACUGGACCGAAUAGUGGUGCGGGGGAGGACGGUGGGGGUGUUGGGCGGCGAGCAGGAGGACACGCUGUUCAUCGGGAACAUCAACAAGACGUGGUCCAAGGCCAAGAUAGAGGCGGUGCUGACGGGGAGCGGUGUGGGGGCGUGGGAGGCGCUGACGUUCAUGGAGGACCCGCAGCACGCGGGGCACAACCGCGGCUUCGCCUUCCUCGAGUUCGCCUCGCACCGCGCCGCUGCUGCCGCCAAGCAGCGCCUGCAGCAGGCGGACGUGAGCCUGGGCGUGGACCGCCCGCCUCGGGUGUCGUGGGCCGCCCCCCUCAACGAGCCCGACCAGCGCGUGAUGGCGCAGGUGAAGAGCAUCUUCGUGGACGGCAUGCCGCCCUCGUGGGACGAGCCACGGGCGGCGGGGUUCUUCGGGCGGUACGGGCAGAUCGAGCGUGUGGUGCUGGCGCGCAACCUGCCGUCUGCCAAGCGGCAGGACUACGGCUUCAUCAACUACACCACUCGCGAGGCUGCCCUCGCUGCCAUUGCCGCCCUCAAUGGCUCGCAUGUCGUCGAUGGGAGCUUUCAGAUGAAGAUGCGAGUGACUCUGGCCAAGCCGCAGGACCGCAAGCCGCGCCACCCGCCUCCCAGCGGCAGGGCGGGUGGGGGGGAGCAGCGCCGGGCGGGCGUGGGGGUCGGCAGCGUGACUGCGCUGCUGGAGGCGCUGAGGGAGCAGGCAGAGCGCGAGGAGCGCGGGGAGGGCGCGCAGGGGGCGCACGCAGGGGAGGGGGAAGGCGCAGGAGGUGAAGGGGAGGCAGGGGCGGAGGUGAAACAGGAGGGCGGUGGCGAUGGGGGGAGCGGAGUAGGGGCGGGCAGUGCACUGGAGGGGGGGGUGGGGAGAGGGGAGGGGGAGAAGCCGGAAGGAGGAGGAGGGGUGGGGGAGCAGCAGGAGGGAGGGUUGGCAGGGAGUGCAGCGGCGGCAGUGGAAGCAGCUUUGGCAAAUGAAUCCAAGGGCGCGGGCGACGGUGAGGGGGUCGCGGAGGAAGAAGCAGGGGAAGAAGGGGCAGAGGGGGAGGCGGGGACGCCAGGAAAAGCGCGUGCGGGGGAGAGGGAGGGGAAGAACAUGGCAGGGCUGAACCGGUUUGAGUGUGCGGUGUGUGUGUUUGGGUCGGACGACGAGAGCGAGUACCUGUCGCACCAGCUGUCGCGCGUGCACAGCAUCGUGAGCAUGUUCCGGCAGGACCUCAAGCUGUCCAACAAGACGCCCCUCAGCAUGCUCAACGAGCUUGCUAUGCGCAACAAGAUCGAGGUGACGUACGAGCUCAAGGGCGAGCCUACAGGCCCCUUUGACGCGUCCGCCUCACUAGGCGGCGGGCCGAACGCCAUCCCGUGGGUGUGUGGCGAGGCGCGCGCGGGCAUGAAGCUGCGCGCCAAGCAGAUGGCGGCGGCUGCUGCGCUGGAGUCGCUGCUGCAGGCGGGCGUGGGGGAGAGCGAACUCACCCGCCCAGGGCAGGCCCGCCUCAAGCAGAUGGGCAAGGGGAAGGGCGGCAGAGGCUCGCCUGGAGGGGCGCAGCGGGGGGGCCGAGGGGCGUAUGGGGGGCGCGGAGGGGGGGAUAGGGGGCGAGCGGAUAGGGAUGGUGGGGGGUAUGGGGGGUGGGGGACAGGGGACGUGGAACGGGGAGUGGGUGGGUAUGGUUCGUUGGGGUUGUAUGGGGGAGGGGCGAUUGGUGGCGGUUUGGGGGAGGCGGCAGCGGGAGAGAGUUACGCGGAGAGGCUGGGACGGAUUCAGGGCAUGCACUAUGUGAUGCGCUCGGGCCUGCCACCCGUCUCCCCCACCAUGCACCCUCUUGCCCCUCCCGCUGCCCCACCGCUGGGUGCGAGCUUGGGUGCAGCGGGCGGGGGAUAUGGCGCCCCCAGUUCGGCUUAUGCCGCCUCUGGGGCUGCAGGGGCUGCUUAUGGAGGCCAGUAUGGUGGCGGGCAAUACAGUGCGGUGCAGUAUGGUGGAGCGCAGUAUGGAGGCAAGUAUGGGGGGGCUUCGUACGGUGGGUCUCAGUACAGUGCGGUGCCGUACGGUGGAGCGCAGUAUGGAGGGGCGGCGUAUGAGGGGCAGUACGGGCGGACAGAGGGAGCAGCGAGUGGAGGGAAGCGGCCGUAUCCCCCUGCUGACAACCCUGACGCCCUUGUGAGCCACUUCCCCCGCCCCACCUAUCCGCCCUUCCCGCCCCACCUAUCCGCCCUUCCUGCCCCACCUAUCCGCCCUUCCCGCCCCACCUAUCCGCCCUUCCUGCCCCACCUAUCCGCCCUUCCCGCCCCACCUAUCCGCCCUUCCCGCCCCACCUAUCCGCCCUUUCCACCCCACCUAUCCGCCCUUCCCACCCUACCUAUCCGCCCUUCCCACCCCACCUAUCCGCCCCUGGCCUUGCCUUUCCCCCUAGGCCUCGCUCAUGCGAGCCAGCGGCCUCGCACCGACCCCUAUGCUCCCCCCGCCCCCCCACCGCGCUCCGCCUAUUCCAACCCGCCGCCCGCACACCCCUACAGCGCGCCUCCGCCCUCACACCCCUACUCCACGCCCCCUCCUCAUCCCUAUACCAACCCGCUGCCAGCGCACCCGCCCCCCUCCUCCAACCCUCCUUCCUCGUACCCCUCUGCGCACACCUACCCCGCCCCACCCUCUUACCCGCCGUCCUACUCCUACCCUCCUGCCCCCGCUGCUCCAUACGGCACUGGGAGUGCACCGGCAGCGCCACCACCAGCGCCACCCCCGUACUACCAGCAGCAGCACCCACGGGCACAGCAGGGGGCCGGGGCGGGCAGUGGCAGCAGCGCAGGCGGUGCAGAGCGCUCGUACGCACACUCUCACCACUACUCCACCCAGCCGCAGCCGCAGCAGCAGCAGCAGCAGCAGCAGCAGCAGCAGCAGCAGCAGCAGCAGCCCUAUCAGCAGCCUUACUCGCAGCAGCAGCCGCCACCCCCACAGCAGCCAUACCAGCCGCCAUACCAGCAGCCACAGCAGCAGCAGCAGCAGCAGCAGCAACAGCAGUCUUAUGAUCAGAAGCCUCCACAGCAGCAGCAGCAGUCGGCAGCAGGGGGAGCAGAUAGAGGCCGCGGUGGAGAGGGAGGGGGGCAGCAGCAAGGAGUGAAGCGAGAGGGGGGAGGACAGGGGGGCUAUGCAGGAGGGCCAGCGCCUCCCAGCACUGCAGGCGGUUACGGGGGUGCGUAUGGGGGCGCGUAUGCAGGCCUGUAUGCUAACACCCAUGCUGCUGCCACUUCCGCCGCUCCUGCUCCUCCCGCCGCCCAUUCUUCAGCAGCGCCGCCCAACCAUUCUCAGUCGCCGACGUCUGCCGGCAAGUCCCCUGCGCCUGCAGGUGGCGCGGGCGGUGCCGGGGGGGCAGCGGGUGCAGGGGGUGCGACGGGGACGAGUGCAUACGGGCAGUAUGCCUCGGUGCCCACCACCUACUACUGA